AUGACGGAACAGUCAUUAUCAUUUAUUUCGAAUCUUUAUAGUUAUAAUGAUUUAUCUCGCACUCGUGUACAAAAUAUCGUCGACAGUUGUUCUGAUAUUUUUAAGAAUUCUCCUAUCAAUACAUUUAUUACAGGAUUGAUACAGCGCUUAGAAGAUUUUGGUGAACGAAGAGAAAAUUUAUAUCAUUUUAAGAAAAUUCAAGAUACUUUAUUUGAUCCCUUUAAGAACUUAUCAACUGAAUUUAAACGGCUGGCAACUUUUGAACGUGAUGGUACAUAUAUUCCUCCGGAAACAAUAAUGAUCGGAGAAAGAGAAGACUACCGAAAUAGUGAAGCCACAACAACUCUUGUCAAAAUUCCAGUUACCGUUGAAUAUAUUUCACUUAAGAAGACGUUGAAAAAUUUUUUGGAACUUCCAAAUAUUUUGGGCUGUAUCACAGAAUAUUUAAAUAGUUUGCCAAAUGAAUCUCCACUACUUCAGAAUGUCGUUCAAGGAACUUUAUGGAAAGAGAAAAAAAAAUCAUUUGGUGACAAAUUCGUGUUACCGUUAAUAGUAUAUUAUGAUGAUUAUGAAAACAACAAUCCUUUAGGAAGUCAUAGAGGUUUAGCAAAGACAGGUGCAGUGUAUGCAAGCAUUCCAUGUUUACCUCCAAAUCUUCAAUCAAAGUUGGAAAACAUUUUCGUCGUGUUACUUUUUAAUUCUUUGGAUGAAAAAGAUUUUAGUUUUGGAACGAUUUUAAAUCCAUUGUUAGAAGAAUUAAAAGAGCUUCAGACUACUGGGAUAACUAUAUUCAAAGAUACUCCGUCACAACAAACAAUACACUUUGCAUUACUUUCUGUGGUUGGUGAUAAUCUUGCAGUGAAUGCUAUUCAUGGUUUCAUUUGUAGUUUUUCGGGAAAUUAUUGUUGUAGAUUUUGUUUAAUUGAUCGUAGUCAAAUAAAAGAUUCUUAUGAGGUUAAAGACUCUUUGUUAAGGACGCAAACUCAGUAUGAUCUUCAAGUAAAGGCGAAAGACUUUGAUUCAGCUGGUAUUAAAAGUCGAAGUUGUUUCAAUGACUUGCCUGGAUAUAAUGUAAUCGAUUCUAUGUGUGUUGACAUGAUGCAUGAUGUCUUGGAGGGUGUAUGUCAAUACGAUUUGGGUAAGAUAUUAAAUGUUUAUAUCUACAAAAAAAAGUAUUUCACCUUAGAAGUACUCAAUAACAGAGUACGAGGGUUUGAUUAUGGUCCAAUUGAAAAACGCAAUAAACCACCUGAUAUUACUCAAAAUCAUAUGAAAAAUGAAUGCAUUAUUAUAUCAUCAGCUGAAAUGUUAUGUCUGAUUCGGAAUAUACACCUUAUAUUAGGAGAUUUAAUCCCUCAACAUGAUGAGUACUGGUCAUUGAUCAUCUUGUUAAAAAAAAUUGUCGAUAUCACAACAGCUAAAGCUCUCCUUAAAAAUACUAGCCUAUAUUUUAAAGAACUUGUUUCGGAGUAUUUAAAGAAAUUAUUGAUAUUAUUUCCAAACUGCCUAAAAUUUAAGCAUCAUGUACUUAUUCAUUACCCUUAUUUAUUUUUGAAAUUUGGACCUAUUGGAAACAUGGAAUGCUCUAUCUUUGAACGACUACAUAAACAUGGAAAAGUAACAUCUCACAGUGCGAUUUGUCGGAUUAAUGUCAGUCACACAAUCGCUGUUAAAAAUCAACUAAGAUUUAAUAAUUUACAGCGGAAUUCGAAGAAACAAAUUGAUUCUUUUACAACUGGUCCAUUUGACUCGACCAGUAAUAGCUGGGAAUGGUAA